UCUGUGCGUGUCGGAGGAGUGACACGUGUGGACGGGCAGGCGCGCAGAACACACACAUUUUAAAGGGAAAUAUUUAUUUUUUAAAUUUGUUUAAUUAAUACUUUGCGGAUCAAGAAGACUGUUACACAAAGACGGCAAAGAUGGGACUCGGAGAAGGAAGGGAUCAGUAUGAGCCGGCAGCCACGUCAGACCAGGGCGGGAAGAAGGCCAAGUCCAAAAAGAAGGAAAGGGACAUGGAGGAGCUGAAGAAAGAAGUGGAUCUGGAUGACCAUAAGCUCACUCUGGAGGAGCUCAACCGCAAGUAUGGCACCGACCUGACCAGGGGCCUAACGGGUGCCCGUGCUGCAGAGAUCCUGGCGCGGGAUGGCCCCAACGCCCUGACCCCUCCCCCCACCACCCCCGAAUGGGUGAAGUUCUGUAAGCAGAUGUUUGGUGGCUUCUCCAUGCUGCUGUGGACAGGAGCCAUCCUCUGCUUCCUGGCCUAUGGCAUCCAGGCUGCCAUGGAGGACGAGCCGGCCAACGACAAUCUGUACCUGGGCAUUGUGCUUUCUGCUGUUGUGAUCAUCACCGGCUGCUUCUCCUACUACCAAGAAGCCAAGAGCUCCAGGAUCAUGGACUCCUUCAAGAACCUUGUCCCUCAGCAAGCGCUGGUUAUCCGUGACGGUGAGAAGAACAGCAUCAAUGCUGAGGAGGUGGUAGUAGGAGAUCUAGUGGAAGUGAAGGGAGGGGACAGGAUCCCAGCUGAUCUGCGGGUCAUCUCUGCACACGGAUGCAAGGUGGACAACUCCUCCCUGACUGGAGAAUCAGAACCCCAGACUCGCUCCCCUGAUUUCUCCAACGAUAACCCCCUGGAGACCAGGAACAUUGCCUUCUUCUCCACAAACUGUGUUGAAGGCACUGCCCGUGGUAUUGUGAUCAAUACUGGUGAUCACACAGUGAUGGGACGAAUUGCUACACUCGCCUCUGGUUUGGAAGUGGGACGCACACCCAUCUCCAUCGAGAUCGAGCACUUCAUCCACAUCAUCACGGGCGUGGCUGUCUUCCUGGGCGUGUCGUUCUUCAUCCUCUCAAUCAUAUUGGGGUAUUCCUGGCUGGAAGCCGUCAUCUUCCUCAUCGGAAUCAUUGUCGCCAAUGUGCCUGAGGGACUGCUGGCCACUGUUACUGUGUGUCUGACACUGACUGCCAAGCGCAUGGCCAAGAAGAACUGCCUGGUGAAGAACCUGGAGGCUGUGGAGACCCUGGGCUCCACCUCCACCAUCUGCUCCGAUAAGACCGGCACCCUGACCCAGAACCGCAUGACCGUGGCCCACAUGUGGUUCGACAACCAGAUCCACGAGGCCGACACCACCGAGAACCAGAGCGGAACCUCGUUCGACAGGAGCUCUGCCACCUGGGCGGCUCUGGCCCGUAUCGCCGGCCUGUGCAACCGAGCCGUCUUCCUGGCUGAACAAAACCAAGUGCCCAUCCUCAAGAGAGAUGUUGCAGGAGACGCCUCUGAGUCCGCCCUGCUGAAGUGUAUUGAGCUGUGCUGUGGCUCUGUGAGGGCCAUGAGAGAACAGUACACCAAGAUUGCAGAAAUCCCAUUUAACUCCACCAACAAGUACCAGCUGUCCAUCCACAAGAACUCUAACACCGCAGAGACUAAGCACCUCCUGGUGAUGAAAGGUGCUCCAGAGAGGAUUCUGGACCGCUGUUCCACGAUCCUGAUGCACGGCAAAGAGCAGCCCCUGGAUGAUGAGAUGAGGGAUGCCUUCCAGAACGCCUACAUGGAGCUUGGUGGCCUGGGAGAGAGAGUGCUGGGAUUUUGUCAUUUCUUCCUCCCGGAUGACCAGUUUGCUGACGACUUCCAGUUUGACACGGACGAGGUCAACUUCCCCACGGAGAACCUGUGCUUCAUUGGGCUCAUGUCCAUGAUCGACCCGCCCCGUGCAGCUGUGCCCGACGCUGUGGGCAAGUGCAGAAGCGCUGGAAUUAAGGUUAUCAUGGUAACUGGUGAUCAUCCAAUCACUGCCAAGGCCAUCGCCAAGGGUGUGGGUAUCAUCUCUGAGGGCAACGAGACCGUAGAAGACAUUGCUGCUCGUCUGAACAUCCCAGUUACUGAAGUCAACCCCAGAGACGCCAAGGCUUGCGUGGUCCACGGUGGAGACCUGAAGGAUCUGUCCUCGGAACAGCUGGAUGACGUUCUGAAGUACCACACUGAGAUUGUGUUCGCCAGAACCUCACCUCAGCAGAAGCUCAUCAUUGUGGAGGGCUGCCAGAGACAGGGUGCCAUCGUGGCUGUGACUGGCGAUGGUGUAAACGACUCCCCCGCUCUGAAGAAGGCUGACAUCGGUGUUGCUAUGGGCAUCGCUGGAUCCGACGUCUCCAAGCAAGCCGCCGACAUGAUCCUCCUGGACGACAACUUUGCCUCAAUCGUGACGGGAGUGGAAGAAGGCCGUCUGAUCUUCGACAACCUGAAGAAAUCCAUCGCCUACACCCUGACCAGCAACAUUCCUGAAAUUACCCCCUUCCUCCUCUUCAUCAUCGCCAACAUCCCCCUGCCCCUUGGCACAGUCACCAUCCUCUGUAUCGACUUGGGCACUGACAUGGUCCCGGCUAUUUCACUGGCUUAUGAAGCAGCUGAGAGUGACAUCAUGAAGAGACAGCCCAGAAAUCCCAAAACGGAUAAGCUGGUGAACGAGAGGCUGAUCAGCAUUGCCUAUGGUCAGAUCGGAAUGAUGCAGGCUACUGCCGGGUUCUUCACCUACUUUGUCAUCCUCGCUGAAAAUGGCUUCCUACCCUCCACGCUGCUGGGAAUCCGUGUGAAAUGGGAUGAUAAGCAAGUCAACGACCUGGAGGACAGCUACGGCCAGCAGUGGACAUACGAGCAGAGAAAGAUUGUGGAAUACACCUGCCACACUGCUUUCUUCGCCAGCAUCGUGAUCGUGCAGUGGGCUGACUUGGUCAUCUGCAAGACCAGGAGGAAUUCUGUCUUUCAGCAGGGCAUGAAGAAUAAAAUCCUCAUCUUUGGGCUGUUUGAAGAAACCGCCCUGGCAGCCUUCCUGUCGUACUGCCCAGGAAUGGACAUCGCUCUGAGGAUGUACCCUCUCAAACCCAGUUGGUGGUUCUGUGCCUUCCCCUACUCCCUCCUCAUCUUCAUCUACGAUGAGAUCCGAAAACUCAUCAUCCGCCGCAGCCCAGGAGGCUGGGUGGAGCGCGAGACCUACUAUUGAAGCUUCCUUCCUGCAUUCUGCAGUGUUUUUGCAUGGUUGUCUUGCUGCUCUGAAAAAUGUAACCUCAGUAACUUCUGGAUGUGUUUUUAUAUAGAGAAUGCCUGACACAACAACGGAGACCCUGAACCAAGAGAUUGUGUGCCUUUGUUCUGGAGCAGGACACAUUUUAUACAUAUUUUUAAGAGUGUAAUAUAAAAUAAACUCUCAGUCUGAUUCAAGUCUGGUAUUAUAUCUGUUUUGUUUUUUUUGUACUGGGAGAUGGACAAUGUUUGGAUUUCAUUAACCAUUUCUGCAUGUUCCAUUUACAGGAGUAUGUCAUGCAGUAAACAAAAUUUAGGUUUUUGCUGAAAUAUAAUCAUCUGUUACAAACUUAUGAAAUGAAAUGUUGCACUCGCUGUGAUGAAAAUAUGGUCUAGCCUUUCACAACAGACAACUUUGUUUUCCUUACUGUAGUCCCCUUGUUUUGCUCUUGAUACAGUAAACUGAACUGUAAAAGUUUGAAAACCUGCAAUAAAACGCUCCCAAAACCUGAA